CUGCAUGGCGAGUUCGGUUGAGAAGAACUUGGAUGGGGGUGUACCACUGAUGAGAAGCGUCCAAAAGAAGGGUGUAUUUGCAGAAAUUUCUAAGAAUAUUGUCUGAGGAAUAUUGCAUUGUCAGUGUAUUCAUAAAAGUUUCGGAGUUACAUUAUCAACUGCACCAGGUGGCCUAGUGUGUCCUGGUACCUUACCUGGAAAUGGCACAGCGGAGUGGGCAGGAGGACCCGGAGCGGUACCUGUUUGUGGACCGCGCCGUUGUCUACAACCCGGCCACGCAGGCUGACUGGACGGCCAAGAAGCUGGUGUGGAUCCCCUCGGAGCGGCAUGGCUUUGAGGCUGCCGGCAUACGCGAGGAGCGCGGCGACGAGGUGGUGGUGGAGCUGGCGGAAAACGGCAAGAAGGCCGUGGUGAACAAGGACGACAUCCAGAAGAUGAACCCGCCCAAGUUCAGCAAGGUGGAGGACAUGGCCGAGCUCACCUGCCUGAACGAGGCGUCGGUGCUGCACAACCUGAAGGACCGCUACUACUCCGGCCUCAUCUACACGUACUCCGGGCUCUUUUGUGUGGUAAUCAACCCCUACAAAAACCUCCCCAUCUAUUCUGAGAACAUCAUUGAGAUGUACAGGGGAAAGAAGAGACAUGAGAUGCCCCCUCACAUCUACGCCAUCUCCGAGUCUGCUUACAGAUGCAUGCUCCAAGAUCGAGAGGACCAAUCAAUUCUUUGCACAGGUGAAUCAGGCGCGGGCAAAACGGAAAACACCAAGAAGGUCAUCCAGUACCUCGCCCACGUUGCUUCCUCUCAUAAAGGAAAAAGAGACCACAACAUUCCUGUAAGUCCGGAGUCCCCUAAGCCAGUGAAACUACAGGCGGAUAAUCAUGUCACUGGAGCCCUGUUCUAUGGUGAGUUGGAACGUCAGCUUCUACAGGCCAACCCCAUCCUUGAGUCUUUUGGCAACGCCAAGACCGUGAAGAAUGACAACUCGUCACGUUUCGGGAAGUUCAUCCGGAUUAACUUUGAUGUCACCGGAUACAUCGUCGGGGCCAACAUCGAAACUUAUCUGCUGGAGAAAUCCAGAGCCAUCCGCCAAGCCAAAGAUGAACGCACCUUCCACAUCUUCUACCAGCUGCUUUCUGGGGCUGGAGAACAUCUCAAGUCGGACCUGCUCCUGGAGGGAUUCAACAGCUACCGCUUUCUGUCCAAUGGCAACAUUCCCAUCCCCGGUCAGCAGGACAAAGACAACUUUCAGGAGACCAUGGAGGCCAUGAACAUAAUGAGCUUCUCCCACGACGAGAUCCUUGCCAUGUUAAAGGUGGUUUCCUCCGUGCUUCAGUUUGGGAACAUCAUCUUCAAGAAGGAGAGGAACUCAGAUCAGGCUUCCAUGCCUGAAAACACAGCGGCCCAGAAGUUGUGCCACUUGUUGGGGCUGAAUGUGCUGGAGUUCACCAGAGCUAUCCUGUCUCCCAGGAUCAAGGUGGGACGAGACUACGUCCAGAAGGCCCAAACCAAAGAACAGGCGGACUUUGCGGUGGAGGCCCUGGCCAAGGCCACCUACGAGCGUCUGUUCCGCUGGCUGGUCCACCGCAUCAACAAGGCCCUGGACCGCACCAAGAGACAGGGUGCCUCCUUCAUUGGCAUCCUGGACAUCGCUGGCUUUGAGAUCUUUCAGCUGAACUCCUUUGAGCAGCUGUGCAUCAACUACACCAACGAGAAGCUCCAGCAACUGUUCAACCACACCAUGUUCGUCCUGGAGCAGGAAGAGUACCAGAGGGAGGGCAUCGAGUGGAGCUUCAUCGACUUUGGCCUGGACCUGCAGCCCUGCAUCGACCUCAUUGAGAGGCCGGUCAGUAUCCGUUUAGCGAACCCCCCUGGCGUGUUGGCUCUGUUGGAUGAGGAGUGCUGGUUCCCCAAAGCCACAGACAAGACGUUCAUUGACAAGCUGGUCCAGGAGCAGGGCGCCCACCCCAAGUUCCAGAAGCCCCGACAGCUGAAGGACAAGGCAGACUUCUGCAUCAUCCACUACGCUGGCAAGGUGGACUACAAGGCAGAUGAGUGGCUGAUGAAGAACAUGGACCCACUGAAUGACAAUGUGGCCACACUGCUGCACCAGUCCACAGAUAAGUUUGUGGCUGAGCUGUGGAAGGACGGUGUCUUUGUACCCCUGUCUCUCUGUAUUGUAGAGAUACAGAACAGUGUCCCUAGUCUUGAUGAGCCUCCAGUGGACCGUAUCGUGGGCCUGGACCAGGUGGCAGGCAUGGCGGAGACGGCAUUUGGGGCCACCUACAAGACCAAGAAGGGCAUGUUCCGCACCGUGGGCCAGCUCUACAAGGAGUCCCUCACCAAACUCAUGGCCACCUUGAGGAACACCAACCCCAACUUCGUCCGUUGCAUCAUCCCAAACCACGAGAAGAGGGCCGGUAAGCUAGAGCCCCACCUGGUUCUGGACCAGCUGAGGUGUAACGGAGUUCUGGAGGGGAUCCGUAUCUGCAGACAGGGCUUCCCCAACCGCAUCGUCUUCCAGGAGUUCAGGCAGAGGUAUGAGAUCCUCACCCCUAAUGCCAUCCCCAAGGGAUUCAUGGAUGGAAAGCAGGCCUGUGAAAGAAUGAUCCGAGCAUUGGAACUGGACCCCAACCUGUUCCGGAUCGGCCAGAGUAAGAUCUUCUUCAGGACCGGAGUCCUGGCACACCUGGAGGAAGAGAGGGACCUGAAGAUCACUGACAUCAUCAUCUACUUUCAGUCCGUCUGCCGCGGCUACCUGGCACGCAAGGCGUUUGCUAAGAAGCAGCAGCAGCUGAGUGCUCUGAAGGUCCUCCAGAGGAACUGCGCUGCCUACCUCAAACUGCGCCACUGGCAGUGGUGGAGACUCUUCACCAAGGUGAAGCCUCUGCUCCAGGUCACCAGGCAGGAGGAGGAGAUGCUAGCCAAAGACGAGGAGCUGGUCAAGGUGAAGGAGAGACAAAGCAAGGUGGAGGGAGAGCUGGUGGAGAUGGAGAGGAAACACCAGCAGCUCCUGGAGGAGAAGAACAUCCUGGCGGAACAACUGCAGGCUGAGACAGAGCUGUUUGCCGAGGCGGAGGAGAUGAGGGCCCGUUUGGCUGCCAAGAAGCAGGAGCUGGAGGAGAUCCUUCACGACCUGGAGUCCAGAGUGGAAGAGGAGGAGGAGAGAAACCAGAGCCUGCAGAACGAGAAGAAGAAGAUGCAGUCUCACAUCCAGGAUCUGGAGGAGCAGCUAGACGAGGAGGAGGCGGCCAGACAGAAGCUCCAGCUGGAGAAGGUGACGGCCGAGGCCAAGAUCAAGAAGAUGGAGGAGGACAUUCUACUGCUGGAGGACCAGAACUCCAAGUUCCUCAAGGAAAAGAAGCUGCUGGAUGACCGUGUGGUUGAAAUGAGCUCCCAGCUGGCGGAGGAGGAGGAGAAGGCGAAGAACCUGGGCAAGGUGAAGAACAAGCAGGAGAUGAUGAUGGUGGACCUGGAAGAGCGUCUGAAGAAGGAGGAGAAGAUUCGCCAGGAGUUGGAGAAAGCCAAGAGGAAGCUGGACGCUGAGACCACAGACCUCCAGGACCAGAUUGCCGAGCUGCAGGCCCAGAUAGAUGAGCUCAAGGUCCAGCUGGCCAAGAAGGAGGAGGAGCUGCAGGCCACUCUGGUCAGGGCUGAUGACGAGGCGGCCCAGAAGAACAAUGCGCUGAAGGCAGUGCGGGAGCUCCAGGCCCAGCUGUCAGAGCUGCAGGAGGACCUGGAGGCUGAAAAGGCCUACAGGAACAAAGCGGAGAAACUGAAGAGGGAUCUCAGUGAGGAACUGGAGGCCCUGAAGACUGAGCUGGAGGACACCCUGGACACCACCGCUGCCCAGCAGGAGCUCAGGACCAAGCGAGAGCUGGAGGUGACAGAGCUGAAGAAGGCCAUCGAUGAGGAGACCAAGAACCAUGAGGCCCAGGUCCAGGAGAUGAGACAGAGACACUCCACAGCCCUGGAGGAGCUUUCUGAGCAGCUGGAGCAAGCCAAGAGGUUCAAGUCCAACCUUGAGAAGAACAAGUGUUCCCUGGAGGGGGCCAACAAGGAGCUGUUUAACGAGGUGAAGGGGCUGCAGCAGGCCAAGACUGAGUCGGAGCACAAAAGGAAGAAGAUGGAGGCUCAGCUGCAGGAGUUCAUGGCCCGGGCCACCGAGGGGGAGAGGGCUAAAGCAGAGCUGGCCGAACGCACCCACAAACUACAGACGGAACUGGACAGUGUCACCGCCCUGCUGGAGGACGCUGAGAAGAAGGGAAUUAAGCUGGCCAAGGAUGCCGCCAGCCUGGAGAGCACGCUGCAAGACACACAGGAGCUGCUCCAGGAGGAGACGCGUCAGAAGCUGAACCUGAGCGGACGCAUUCGUCAACUGGAGGAGGAAAAGAGCACCUUGCAGGAGCAGCAGGAAGAGGACGAGGAGGCCCGCAGGAACCUGGAGAAACAGCUGGCCACACUGCAGGCUCAGCUGUUUGACUCGAGGAAGAAGCUGGAUGAGGACGUUGGAAACCUGGAGUCCCUGGAGGAGGUGAAGAGGAAGCUCCAGAAGGACAUGGAGCUGACCAGCCAGCGCCUGGAAGAGAAGGCGUGUGCUUUUGACAAGAUGGAGAAGACCAAGACCCGCCUACAGCAGGAACUGGACGACCUGAUGGUGGACCUGGACCACCAGAGGACCAUCGUCUCCAAUCUGGAGAAGAAGCAGAAGAAGUUUGACCAGCUCCUGGCUGAGGAGAAGAGCAUCUCUGCACGCUAUGCUGAGGAAAGGGACAAGGCGGAAGCUGAGGCCAGAGAGAAGGAGACCAAGGCUUUGUCCAUGGCGCGGGCUCUGGAGGAGGCUCUGGAGUCCAAGGAGGAGUUUGAGAGGCUGAACAAGCAGCUCCGCACCGAGAUGGAGGAUCUGAUGAGCUCCAAGGACGACGUGGGCAAGAGUGUCCACGAACUGGAGAAAUCGAAGCGCACUCUGGAGCAGCAGGUGGAGGAGAUGAGGACCCAGCUGGAGGAACUGGAGGAUGAGCUGCAGGCCACGGAGGACGGGAAGCUCCGCCUGGAGGUCAACAUGCAGGCCAUGAAGGCCCAGUUUGACAGAGACCUGCAGGCCAGAGAUGAACAGGGUGAAGAGAAGAAGAGGACUCUAGUCAAACAGGUGCGGGAGAUGGAGGCAGAGCUGGAGGAUGAGAGGAAGCAGAGAGCCCUGGCCGUGGCCGCUAAGAAGAAGCUAGAGGUGGACCUGAAAGACCUGGAGGGACAGAUAGAAGCAGCCAACAAGGCCCGCGACGAAGCCAUCAAACAGCUACGAAAACUACAGGCCCAGAUGAAGGACUACCAGAGGGAGCUGGAGGAGGCCAGAGCCACCCGGGAUGAAAUCUUUGCCCAGUCUAAGGAGAACGAGAAGAAACUCAAGGGCCUGGAGGCUGAGAUCCUUCAGCUGCAGGAGGACCUGGCCGCCUCAGAGAGAGGUCGUCGACACGCAGAGCAGGAGAGAGACGAGCUGGCUGACGAGAUCUCCAACAGCGCCACUGGGAAGUCGUCCCUGCUUGAGGAGAAAAGGAGGCUGGAGGCACGUAUCUCCCAGCUGGAGGAGGAACUGGAGGAGGAGCAGAGCAACACAGAGCUGCUUAACGACCGCUUCCGCAAGACCACCAUGCAGGUGGACACCCUGAGCACGGAGCUGGCUGGGGAGCGCAGCGCGGCCCAGAAGAGCGAGAACGCCCGCCAGGGGAUGGAGAGGCAGAACAAAGAGCUCAAGGCCAAGCUCGGGGAGCUGGAGGGGGCGGUCAAGUCCAAGUUUAAGGCCUCUAUCACCGCCCUGGAGGCCAAGAUUCUGCAGCUGGAGGAGCAGCUGGAACAAGAGGCCAAGGAGAGGGCAGCGGCCAAUAAGAUCGUCCGUCGCACGGAGAAGAAGCUGAAGGAGGUGGUGAUUCAGGUGGAAGACGAGCGUCGCCAUGCCGACCAGUACAAAGAACAGAUGGAGAAGGCGAACUCGCGCAUGAAGCAGCUGAAGCGUCAGGUGGAGGAGGCUGAGGAGGAGGCCACCAGGGCCAACGCCUCCCGCCGGAAACUCCAGAGGGAGCUGGACGACGCCACCGAGGCCAGCGAGGGACUCACCAGAGAAGUCAACACGCUGAAGAACCGACUCAGGCGCGGUGGCCCCGUCAGCUUCUCGUCCAGCCGCUCAGGCCGCAGUCGUCAGCUCCAGAUGGACGGGGCCUCUGUGGACAAUUCGGACGAUGACGCCGACAGCCGCGCCAGCGACCACAACGACACGCUGGUCUCCAACCAGAUUGAAUAGACGGCCCCUGUCUGCUACCGACUAGCCGGCCUGGCGUCAUGACGACAACACCUCCGCCUCUCCCUCCUGUCCAUGAGCCACCGGCAGGGAGAACCAGGGUCCUGUUCAUUAGGCAGCGACGCAGAAGAAAACACUAGAAAACAAGGCGGGACUACUUGGUCCUAUAAGAGACAACUAAUACUCCCAAUGGGCCGGCUUAAUCUGCCUUACUUAACUUUUAGUCUAAUGUCAAUCCUGCUCUGGUCAGGCCAGCCGCUAGGCCCGGCGAGUGUUCCAGUCAUCCUGUUAGUUUAGCCCCUCCCCCCUCUGGUCAGGCCAGCCUCUAGGCCCGGCGAGUGUUCCAGUCAUCCUGUUAGUUUAGCCCCUCCCCCCUCUGGUCAGGCCAGCCGCUAGGCCCCUGCGAGUUUUCCAGUCCUCCUGUUAGUUUAGCCCCUCCCCCCUCUGGUCAGGCCAGCCGCUAGGCCCGGCGAGGGUUCCAGUCCUCCUGUUAGUUUAGCCCCUCCCCCCUCUGGUCAGGCCAGCCGCUAGGCCCGGCGAGUGUUCCAGUCAUCCUGUUAGUUUAGCCCCUCCCCCCUCUGGUCAGGCCAGCCGCUAGGCCCGGCGAGUGUUCCAGUCAUCCUGUUAGUUUAGCCCCUCCCCCCUCUGGUCAGGCCAGCCUCUAGGCCCGGCGAGUGUUCCAGUCAUCCUGUUAGUUUAGCCCCUCCCCCCUCUGGUCAGGCCAGCCGCUAGGCCCGGCGAGUUUUCCAGUCCUCCUGUUAGUUUAGCCCCUCCCCCCUCUGGUCAGGCCAGCCGCUAGGCCCGGCGAGGGUUCCAGUCCUCCUGUUAGUUUAGCCCCUCCCCCCUCUGGUCAGGCCAGCCGCUAGGCCCGGCGAGUUUUCCAGUCCUCCUGUUAGUUUAGCCCCUCCCCCCUCAGGUCAGGCCAGCCGCUAGGCCCGGCGAGUUUUCCAGUCCUCCUGUUAGUUUAGCCCCACUCUGGUCAGGCCAGCCGCUAGGCCCGGCGAGGGUUCCAGUCCUCCUGUUAGUUUAACCCCUCCCCUCUAGGCGUGGAAUUAUGUGCUCCACUUAAAUGAAGUAAUCUUAGGUACAAGUGCUUUUUACUUCUGAACUGUGUGAGCGUGCAGGUAGGCCCAUUUCAGUAUGUAUGUGAACCCCUACACUCCAAAACUGACACAACAACCCAAACCAACAUUAGUCAUCUUCUGCCGGAACUUGUCUAGUAAUACAAGGGUAUUACCCAAUGUAAAGCCAUCUUCUCUUCUUGAGCAAAACUUUCUUCUACAAUAACGACAGGUCAAAGGUCAACGGCCAGACAAAAGACUGCCUCUGCUUCUGCCAUUGCAUGAGUGUCUUCCUGAUGUACUUUUAUUCUGCCUCGAAACACUACAAGGAAACAAGGAGCCGAUUUGGUUGAUUCCUGAUUUGGACCUGUUCUGGAAAAAUGGAAAACGAACUGGAAAAUGGUUUUACGGUGAAGAGCUUUUUUUUCCCCUUUGCUACAACAUUUCAGUACUUAAAAAGGGGUUUAUUUAGAAAUUAUGUAGGUCAGUGUUUUCGUAAUUUUUUUGGGGGUUGUUCAAGAGACACUUGUUUUGAAGGUAAAAAGAAGCAAAAAUCUUCAGAGGUCGUUGGUUUGCGUAUCACGGAGGAUUCAUUAAACUGCACGGAACUGCACAAGGUCGUUGUGUCGUCCCUUGAACCAGGAAGCCCUGUGCUCUUCUGUGAGUGGCCACGAUGUACAGCCGCCUCAGUCCAACACUAAAGCUUAGAUUGAACAUGUAGUUCGACUAGCCAAAGCCUACCACUCUGAGCCAGGGAGUGGUCUUCUGUGUUGACACCAUAGUCUGGGAGAUCAGUAGGACCCCGUCUUUCCCUAUAACUUUAUCAAGCGCUGACAUACCAACUACCAAGCACUUAGCAUUCCUAGAUAAGACAGCCUUCGACUGUGGUCUGCAUCUCAAAGCUCGAAAACAAGUGGAUAUGAUCCCUGCUUAUGUGGACUUUAACAUGCUACAUUAUACUUAUCCAGUUGCUUUCUCUAUCCUGUGGCUUUGUUUUCCUGAGCUCACUUCAGAAUUAAAAGAAAGAGGGUAACCUGCUA